AUGGAGGGAAAUGUUGCCAGCGCUGUCCGUGUUUUAUCAUCUGAUGACAGAGUUCUUUCCAUUACACCAAGUGUCCUCGCUGAGCUUAAUGCAAAACAUCCGAGUCCCCCCGCGGACCUUCGCUCUACUACUCUAAACUCCGAUUACCCCGCAACCUAUGCCCCCAAAGAAGAUGUUCUAGAUGCUAUUAAUUCCCUCGCAACCGGCAGCUGCGGGGGCAUCGACGGACUACGCCCAGGGCAUGUGAAAGAUCUACUCUCAAGCCACACCUGCGAGGCCGGCGCUCGGCUCCUCGUCUCCAUAACUGCUCUGACAAACAUGAUCAUCCAGGCACAAAUCCCCGAGUACGCUCGGGACCUCCUAUUUUCUGCAAACAUCACCGCAUUGAGGAAGAAGGAAGGCGGGAUCCGCCCUAUUGCUGUUGGUACAUUUUUUCGCCGUCUAGCUUCCAAAGUAGCCUGUAGACAAGUUACCAAGUCUUUGGGCCAGGAACUACGCCCGUUUCAGUUGGGCGUCGGUGUCCGCGGCGGCUGUGAAGCUGCUGUCCAUGCCGCAAGAAAGUUUAUUUCCGCCUCGUCCGAAAGGCCGGAUAACGCCUCUGUACUCGUGAAGCUAGACUUGACAAAUGCCUUCAACAGUCUUCGUCGGGACUGUAUUCUCGAAACUUGCUACCGCCGUGCUCCCUCAAUUGCCCGCUUGGUAUCUAUGGCUUACUCCAAGCCAAGCCUUCUUAUUGCCGAUGACCAAAUCCUACAUUCCAGCAACGGUGUUCAACAGGGAGACCCACUUGGCCCGUUGCUUUUUGCCCUGACGAUCGAUCCUGUUGUUCGGAACAUCUCAUCUCGUUUCAAUGUAUGGUAUUUGGACGACGCUACUAUCGGAGGUCCGGUAGCUUCUGUCCUUAAAGAUUUGGAAAAUCUGAUCCCCUCCCUUAAUUCUCUUGGCCUAUCCAUCAAUCCGCUCAAAUCCGAAAUUGCCAAUAUUGGCUUUACCCCAGAAGAUUUUACCUCUGUAUUUAAUACGUUCUCGAAUGUCCUUCCAAAUAUCCGCAGGACCUUGAUUGAAAAUUUGAAAAUCUUAGGGUCCCCUAUAUCUAAUCUGGGUGUUGAAUCAUCCCUAUAUGCUAAAACAUCCUCGCUGGUGGCAAUUUCUAACAAACUAGCAAAAAUCGAUUCCCAUUCCGGCCUGUUUUUCCUACGCAAUUGUUUUGCAAUUCCAAAGCUUCUAUUUAUCCUCAGAAGUGCCCCAUGUUUCUUUAACCUGAGGGCUCUCGAAUCAUUUGAUUUUUCGCUUAAAUCCAGCUUGGAGUCCAUUUGCAACAUUACCCUCGAUGAGAUCGGUUGGCAACAGGCCAUCCUUCCUAUAAGCCAUGGCGGUAUUGGUAUCCGAUCAUCUGUGGACCUUUCUAUCCCGGCGUACUUAUCUUCAGUUAAUGCGACAAAUGAUCUGGUCCAGGAGAUUCUCCAAUCCGUAACCGAAUCAUCUAUGGACACAGAGUCGGUCGCCGCAGAAAGUUGCUGGAAAGGGAUGUCUCUGGAAAUCCCGGAGAAUACGCACGCUCAAGGCCAAUGGGACCGGAUCCUUUGCGACCACAAGAUAAACAGUCUCAAGCCGAAACUCAAUCAACAUCGCUUGGCGUGCUUAUUGGCCGCCUCGCAACCAUACUCCGGUGCAUGGCUUACAGCAAUCCCUAUGGCGUCAAUCGGCACCUUAAUGGACAACGACUGUGUAAGGAUUUCCGUCUCUCUCCGCCUCGGACUUCCCAUUUGCAAAACACACCAGUGCCGCUGCGGUUUAAGAGUGGACCCUUAUGGCCAUCAUCCCCUCUCCUGCUCACGUAGUGCCGGACGUUUCCCACGACACGCCGCCAUCAACGACACCGUGAGCCGUGCCCUAACGACGGCGGGGUUUCCUAAUGAGCUCGAACCAGUCGGGCUCGACAGAGGCGACGGUAAGCGCCCGGAUGGCAUGACAAUCUUCCCGUUUGAAAAAGGGAAAUGCCUUAUCUGGGACGCCACCUGCUCCGACACUUUCUCCGCCAAGAAUCUAAUUGCCUCCGCUGCGGAACCGGGCUCAGUUGCAAAGCAGGCGGAACUAACAAACAGAAGAAGUACCGGGUCCUGGCCAUGA